UUAGAACAACGUUUUUUUACGUUUCAAUAAAGGCUGUACACAGUGAUGGAUAAUGUCACUUUAAAAUGUUACAAACUUCAACUCAAAUUCGUCCAGACGGGAAUGAAUUACGAUCAACCGUAUUGUAUAUCAGAGACUUCAAAUCGUUCACCGAAUCAUGCUUUCAUACAACGUUCGACCUUACAUAUGUGUCUAUAAAAAUGGUACACGCUUUUAGUGUUAGCUUAUGUCAUUUGUGUAACAUGGCGUCGAACGAGAUUCGCAGUUUUCAGAAAGUUUUGGAGUACAAAGUUUACAAAUGCUCCAGCUUCUCCUCGACUUAUAUACCAGAAAAUAUCCUUCUGGAUAAACCGUCAGAUCAGACAUCGCGCUGGUCUUCUGAUAUUGACACUUAUCCACAGUUUCUUGUAUUAAAAUUACGAUUUCCUUCGAUUAUAAAAACAAUUACGUUUGGUAAAUAUGAAAAAACACAUGUAUGUAAUAUAAAAAAAUUCAAGCUAUAUGGUGGUUUAGAGGUAGAGAAUAUGAUGGAACUUCUAGAAAAUGCAUUGAAAAAUGAUUCAAUACCGGAAACUUUUGAUUUGAAACCCACAAUAGGAAAUGAAGACAAUUAUUUUCCAGUUAAAUACAUAAAGAUUGUUCCAUUGCAAUCUUGGGGUCCUAGUUUUAAUUUCUCUAUUUGGCAUAUACGGCUAACUGGCAUUGAUGACUUUGAAAUUGUAAAACCCAGUAUUGAAUGGUUUAAUGCGUACCGUCAAAAAGAAAUAAUAAGGCUGUGUAUGAAGCACUUUAGAAAACUUGAACAGUCUGAAAUUGUAGAAACUUUACAAAGAGUUACUGGUGUUCCACUUGAAGAUCCUAAACUGACUGGAUUGUACGACUUGUUGGUUACAAAGGGUGAUUAUUUACAAGCUGAAUACUUCAUGAGUGAUGCUCUAACGAUGGGUCUUUUAAAUGACUAUAUCAAUGCUCAGACUUAUAGAGCAGUUUGGACUAAGUUAUCGUCCAAUGAUAGUAAACCAGGAAUGAGAGGAGGUCACCAAAUGGUGCUUGACCCAACUGCAGAACUUCUUUAUCUUUUUGGGGGGUGGGAUGGCAAUCAAGAUCUUUCAGAUUUGUGGGUAUAUAAUAUAAAUUUUAACAAAUGGACUAUUAUAUGCAAAAAUACGGAAGCCGUGGGCGGUCCAAGCGCGAGAUCUUGCCAUAAAAUGUGCCUUGAUCCAAAGCGUAGACAACUGUUUACUCUUGGUAAAUACUUGGACGCAGAGUACAGAACGCCGGAAAAUUUAAAGAGUGAUUUUUUCGUAUAUGACAUCGAAUCGAACAAUUGGACACAAAUAUCAGAAGACACAGCCGCCGUAGGAGGACCUCAAUUAAUUUUCGAUCAUCAAAUGUCCAUGGAUAUCGAGAAACGCACAAUUUACGUAUUUGGCGGUCGUGUUCUUGUUUUGCCAGCAAAUUCCGAGGAACACGGUAUGAUAACAAAUUCAAUUGAACCAGUUUUUUCUGGAUUGUAUUCUUACCACGUACCAACUAGUACUUGGCAUAUACUUGCUUGUGACAUUGCUAGACCUUACCCUCCCAAUGUACCGAUUAUUCGAUCCAGAGCUGGUCAUUCUAUGUUGUUUCAUCCUGGAUUACGGAAAUUAUACAUUUUCGCUGGUCAGAGAGGUAAAGACGAUCUUAGCGAUUUCUUCACGUAUGAGGUAGAUACACAUCGAUUUGAACAAAUUUUCAGCGAUUUCGGUCCUAAAGAUUCGUAUCAGGUACCGGCUGCUGGAUUUACGCAAAGAGCCACGAUCGAUCCCGAAUUGGGAGAAAUAUAUGUUUUAUCGGGCUUAAGUAAAGAUAAAGGUAAAAGAUUUGAUAGUGUUCAAAAUUCCCUUUGGGUAUAUAGUAUUAAGAACAGCACCUGGUCUUGCAUUUACCGAAAUGACAAUGUUGGAGAAAAAUAUUGGAGCAAAAUGCAAGAUUACGAACCAUGCCCACGAUAUGCACAUCAAUUGGUUUAUGAUUACGUGAAGAAGGUUCAUUUUUUAUUUGGAGGAAACCCCGGGAGAUCCUGUCUUCCAAACUUACGUCUCGAUGAUUUCUGGCAAUUAAAAUUAUGCAGACCGUCUCAUGAACAAAUCCAAAGGAGAUGCAAACUACUUAUUCGGAAGUACAAAUUCAAAGAGCUAGCUUUGAACAAUAGCAUCGACGCGCUCGAAUAUUUACAGACCAAAGUAUCAGAAAUUAUCGAUCAUAACGAUAUGGAACAAACGAAAGAGUUUCAAUUGUUAACAUCCCUUCUGUUCAAAGAACAAAACUUAAGAGAAGCCAGAUAUUCAGAUAGUUCAAACGCCGUAUUAGGGAAUGUAGUUGACAUGGAUACAACGUCGUGGUGUUCGACUAUGCGUAAUAUUCAUACUUUGAGAACUGAAUUAUACGAUAAACUGACAGAAUUUUUUCCCGAAUCAUCGACACAACCCCGUGCUAAUUUGAUCGAUCUUUUGCCAUUGUGAUCCAGCAGUAAUUAAAAUCCAACAAAGAAUGUUUAAAAAUGUAAGGCAAAGAGAUUCCUUUCAUUUUCUUGUAAAGACAUUAGCUGUGAUAUCAAAUCAAUUGUAUCUUUAAAAGGAAAACGUUAUUUUUAUAGUGUAAUUCUUCGUAUCGUUUUGAAAGGAGAAGAAUUUUCACAAGGCGUGUGGCCCACCUUCCUAAAAUACAUAAAUAUGCAACUUGAUUUCUUUUACAUAAAGGAUAAGUUGGUAAAAAAAAGGAAAAGAUACGUUAACACAUAUUUCACCGUGAUACAUUUAAGCGAGGAGUUAAACGAAGGUUUAUCCUUUACAUCUUUUUCUUAUUGAGUUUUCGUUUGCAUUGGACUAUUCUAACUAUUUUCAUCAGAUUUGUUACAUUUAUUUGCAAGUCUUAUUUCAUAAAACACAAAUAUUGUUACACGCCGUUCAAAUCGGUUUUCACUAUCAACAAAUUGUUGGAAUUGUUAGGUCGACAUGUAUUCACGAUUUGUUCAUAAACACAAAGUAAAGUCAUUAAAAAAUGACUAAUUAAAAAGUUUUCUCUAUCCAAUGUGUAUAUAUACUGAAGGGAUGCUUUACAAACUUAUUGAUGAAACGAAAACUCGUUAAACGUCGUUUAACAUUAAUGAGAAAUUGCGACAAAUAAGACGAUUCAUUAGAAAAUGUAUAUUCCUCUAUUUUUCUGGCUUCGCUUUCUUCGUUGUUGAAAAUAUUUUAUACGGUGUACAUUGUUAUUGAAACAUCAUUUGUAAAUCAUGCGAAAUAGUUCGAGCAUUAGCAUUAUCACUUAUAUUCGUAAUAAAAAUUUACUAUACAUAUUUCCGUGAUAAAUGUUAUAAAGCUUAAUGACAGUAACAUGUUGUGAAUCUUAGUCGAAUUUUUUGUUCAUAUUACGUAUGUACAUCUGCAAUAUAUUUCAUCGUAAUGCUACGUUUACUCCUAUGUAUAUCGCUAUUUAAAUAAUCAGUCAUCACGAAGGAAACGCGCCAACAUUUUUUGUUUGUGAUAAAAUUAGUAUAAAAAGCAUCACGUUUGUUUGUCACCAUCUUGUAUAUAUUCUAUGACUAUAGGAAGUAAUACCUAAAGUUAUCAUUAUUGUUAAUCUUUUAUAUUAUAAGCGUUAUUCGAUGACAUGCGCGAAACAACUUGUACAUAAUGCUGCUUUGUCCAUAUAUUUGUGUAAACAGUUAUUUGUAGCAUUAUAUAUACAUAUAUAUAAGAUACGAACAGCGAGAAUGUGAUUAUAUGUGAUCAUCAAUUAAUGUGACUAAUACACCAUACAUACAAUAUGAAGGUAAUUCACAGAAGCGAUAUCUUUGUACAUAACUUUAUGCGCUAGAGAACAAAACGACUGUACAAUUCGAUUGUAGAAUAAGAAGUGGGCGAAUCGUUACAAAGAAUGUUUGAAUAACGAAAAAAGUUUAAAAAAGUUUUUUUUUUUUUUUUUUUUUUUAAUAUUUUUCAACGUCACGAUUUUCAACGAAAAACGGGACAGGAUAACUUUUGGUCAGAGCAUGACUCAUAGUAUGCGUGUGUAGCAAAAGUAUGUAUCUUCGACAGCUUACAAGCUAUCGUUCAGAUCUAUUUUAUACGCGACAGAGAAAGUUACGAUUCGACGGUAAUGUUGGUCGUGUAACACGUUCAAUGAAAAGAAAACGUUACUUCCAGAAUGUUAUACAUAUAUAUAUCAAAAUAGUAAAUAUCAGACUUAUCUCAGGA